UAAUCAGAUAGCUUCCGCUGUGUUCAACCGUUUGUGCAGCCUUAAUGUGAGCCACGCUAAGACAGUGCGCUUAGUCUGUGAUGGAUGCGGUGGCCAAAACAAAAACUCUAUCAUGAUUGGUAUGGCUUCUUAUUGGCUUUUUAAAAAAGCUCCACAAAAUAUAGAAAGCCUAGAAAUAAUUUUUCCUGUACCUGGACAUUCGUAUAUUCCACCUGACCGGGCCUUUGCCCUUGUUGAAAAGCAGGUCAAACAUAAGCAGACAAUCAUUACGCCACAAGAAUACCAGAAAAUUUAUGAAGAGUGCGCCACGGUUAUUCAUUUAGGAGAUGAAAGCUGUCCUGUAUUCGACUGGAAAGGUUCUACGAUGGACUAUAUUCGCCCAACUGGUACCUGGCACUUCAAGUUCAAUGAAUCUAAGAGAUUCAUUUUAACUAAAAGCAAUAGUGGGGCCAUUUUAGUCCGCGGUGAACCAUACUACUUAUCCGACAUAGGAGCUCCGAGAUCUAUUUUAAAAAAACAAAAACAGAUUUCAAGGAUGGACCCACAGAUUAUAGAAAAGGGAGUAAAUAUUAAAGCGGAAAAGUUGAAAGAUGUCUUCAAUUUGCUAACUAAACAUUAUGGAGAAGACUGGAGGUCCAUCGAAGAGCUUAAGUUCUAUAAAAAUAUAGAAGACGUUAAUGAUUUAGGGCUCAUAGUGGAAAAUGACUACCCUUUAUGUGAGCCUCAACCAGUUUUCGACGAAAUUCGUGUCUGAAAAUUUUAUUAAUAUUUGCAUUUCAAC